CGAAAAUGCGAGACCACAAAUUCAGUCAGCUGUCGCGAAGUUUGAGAGGAUCAGUUUGAUUGCAUAGAGACUGGCAGUUGCCAUGGCUUCCACAAGCUCAAUUCUCGCGCCGACAUUUCCAGUUCGCUGCAUGCGUAUCGCCGCCGAUGCUACUUCCCGCAAGCCGCACAGCACUAGAGCUUCGCCGGCGGCUGUCACCGGCCGGAGGCAGUGGAUAGUGCUGCUCACGGCGACGACGGCGCUGAAGGGAAUGGAAAUGCCGUCGAGAGCGGAAGAUAUCGGGCUGUUUGGACUGAGGAAGAAGCUGAAGAAGGUGGAGGAGGAAGCGGAGUUGCUAGUGAAGGAAGGAUUCGAGGCGGCGGACAAGGGAAUAGAAGCAGCAGAAAAGGGGAUUGAGGCUGCGGAGACAGGAUUAUCGACGGCGGAGAAGGGAAUCGAAGCUGCAGAGAAAGAUAUUGAAACGGCGGCGAGCUUCGGAGGAUUAGCGCAAGCUGGUGCGGUCGCCGCAGCAGAAUUUCUCGGAAUUCUAAUUGCAACUUCCAUCGUUAACGGUAUUUUAGGGCCUGAAGCUCAAAAAUCCUGAAAAUUCCUUAUAUUUCUCUUUAAUCGUAUAUGUUAUCAACACUGAAAUUGCUGAUUUGCCAAUGAAAUUGCUACUUGCUUAUAUA